UUGGUUAAUGGCCCUCCUGCAGCGGACGUUUGGCUGUGAUCAAUGGGCAGCACACGACCCUCUCCACGCCCCCGGAGACGCACGGCGCGCUCUCGUGUCUCCCAUCUCCAUAAAUCCACCCAUCAAAACAGUGGAGAAAGUUGAACUGCUGGGACUUUGCUGAAAGUUUAACACAGUGAUGCCGCCGAGUAAAAGCUUCUUCGCGCCCUUCAUCUCCGUGGCUCCACCGGGGCCAGAGCGCUCCAGACGCGGCUGCGACCACCGCGACGCUCCGUGCGCCGUCGUGGAGCUCCGGCUGGGCCCCGCCGGCGGCGCGCUGCACUACAUCCAGCCGGACAAGUGCACUCUGGAGCGGGCGCAGAGACGGAGACGCCUGGCUGCCAACGCCCGGGAGAGGAGGAGGAUGCUGGGGCUCAACGUCGCCUUCGACCGGCUGCGGAGCGUCAUCCCCAACCUGGAGAGCGAGAAGAAGCUCUCCAAGUCGGAGACGCUGCAGAUGGCACAGAUUUACAUCUCCACCCUCAGCGAGCUGCUGGAGGAGGAGGGCCCCUGUGGAGCCACGGCACCGACCUGCGCAACGAGACCCCCGGGGGCCACUGCUGCUGCUGCCGGAGAGCCGUCGGGCCAAGUCCGGGACUUUGACACCGGGAAGAGCAGCGGAGGCCCGGCGCGCACAGAGGAGAGGAGUUAUAGCGAGGACACGUGGGGGAGGACGAGCGGGAACAAAUGA